AUGAACGAGUCCACAUUGAGAGACAACUCUGAAACCUCCACUUCAACCAUUAUCAUCAUUAACUGCUUCAUAAAUGUUCCACUGAUGUUGGCAGCUAUUCUUGGUAACAGCUUGGUUUUGGUAUCCAUCUUUGCUUCGCAGUCUCUUCGUUCGCAGCCUUCAAUGAUUCUGCUGUGUAGUCUGGCUUUCUCCGAUCUCGCUGUUGGGUUGAUAGGACAACCAAUCUUCGUAUCCCGCGAACUAACGCUAAAUUUGUCUAUAAUGAAUAUGUCAGGCGUCAUAUCGAUUGGCCUCUGUGCAAUAUCACUAGCAACAAUGACAUUGAUAAGUGUUGACCGAGUCCUAGCCCUUCAAUAUCACAUGUCGUACAAGAUUUUGGUCACAACUUCUCGGGUCAUCUUCACAAUUACUUUUGUCUGGCUUUUCCACGUUGUUGUGUCGUGUAUUUGGUUCUUCAAUGUAGCUGCACUUCUUUAUAUUGCCAACGCUUUAACAGGAACUUACAGUUUUGUUACAGUAAUCUGCUACAUUUAUAUUUACCGAAUCGUUCGUCGUCAUCAGUCGCAGGUUUUGAUGCAGCAAAGAGCUGUUCAAAGUUUCAACACAAGAGCAAAUGCACACAACAUGGUGUCAGAAAAACACAUCGCGUUUAACACAUUUGUAUUCUUUAUCUGCACUUGUUUCUGUUAUAUUCCGUGGUUCAUUUGUCGUUUUUCUAUCGGCGGCAAAAUUUUCCCCCAAAAUUCAGCUUGCAUUUUUACAGUAACCUUCAUCUAUGUAAAUUCUACCAUCAAUCCACUUUUGUACUGUUGGCGCCUUCGUGAGCUACGAGCAGCAGUUAAAAACAUUCUGGCGAAAAUAUUUUGUAAGCAACAAGGAUAA